AUUUUUGAGUUAGCAGCGCCAUCUGGUAAUACAGGUCGGUUAACACCUUUACCACCUUGUCCCAACCCCUGGCGUUACUUUUUUCGCUCAGGAGCGCUGUUUUGCCGGUUCGAAAAAAAAGCUGAUUAAGUAUUCCAAAGUGGCCUAAAUCAUACAUUUUUUACGAAUAUUUGUAUACAAGUGCGGUUUUUCAGAAGUUUUUCAACAAUUUUCGAGUGAAGGCGUUUUCACAUGUAUUAUUCAUCAUGCAAGUACUUGAAAAGGUUAAGACUGAGAGUCGUAGUAUGGUAUAAGACAUCAUAUUUGUUAUAAUUUUAAUUGAAGAACUUGGUGUAAAUUCAUCACCUCAAAUAACUAAAUUUGAGUCACCAUUAUGAAAUUUUUGUCGGUUGUUGUUGUGUUCACCGUUUCGUUAGCUUGUGCUCAAGCUAGUCCAGCUUUUGCCAAUUCGGAAAAACUACUUCAAGAAUGCAACGCAACUUAUCCAGUUCAGCAAUAUUCUAAUUUAAAAAUUUGGGAUUUAAUAUCUUCUGGUGUAGGAGUUCAACUCAGCGGCGUAGAAAAAUGCUUUUUGCUUUGCCUCUUUCGCAGAGAUGUCGCCUUCGACGAGAAUGUUAAUCUACGCAACGGUAAAGCUUCAGCAUAUGUCAAAGACCUUCUCAAAGGUUACCCAGAUAUCGCAAAAUACAAAGAUGUACUAAUGGCUCAAAUAUUCCAAAUCACCAGAUCAGCCAAAAGCAUUGAUGACAAAUGCGAAAGAGCUUACGUAGCUCAUCACCACAUCAUCCUAACUAUUGCGAUGUUGCAAAUGACUGCAGGCAUAGAAUACCUUCAUACCAAAGACAUGAGUAAAGAAAACGAUUACUUCAAAUUUGUUGAUGACUUGAUCAACGAAGAAGAAACAUGGGAGAGCAUGAAGAGUAAUACCUCCACCACGGCAUUUUGCAAGCUUGAUAAAUCCAUUCAUACGACGAAUAUUCAUCACUAUCGGAUAUGGCACAAAAACUCGACCGAAACCUUAUGUCAACUUAAAUGAUAAAUUGAAAAUUGAUCCUGAAUUUUUCACUAGUACUUACUUACAUUAAAUAUGACUUUUAAAAAAUUAGAAAAUAAGUUGACGAAUAUGUAGAUGUAGGUACCGUCAACUGGGGUGAUACGGAUAACGCGGGGUGAUAUGGAUAAUUGAGGGGGUGAUACGGAUAGUGGUCAUUUAGAGCCCCUAGGGGACGAAAAUCGAAGUAGUUGAUAAUAAUGAAAAAUCUUCUUCAUUCACCUGGCAACCUAUUCUAAGUGUUGAACCGAAUUUUUCCGAAUGAUUACAUGUGAUUUUUGAUAAACUUGUGAUUGAUGUUUGAAAUCUUCGAAAAUUUUAUAAACCAAAAUACAGAAAAAUAUAAUGUUGUAUACAUUG